UGUGCGCGCUCGUUGGCGCGCGAAGGAACCGGCUAUUCAAGAACGCUUGCUCGCACGGGCCCCCUUUCAAUACGUCGCCUGUGAUGUGUCCCAGAGCUCGGCAACGAAGAAGAAUAACGGACGAACAAACUGGCGAAGCUAAAGGGGCGAAGAAAAGACAGAACGGGCCAAAGCAGACGAGGAAGGGCGUCGUCUGCUCUCUUUCUGCCGACGCCGUCAAGGCGUGUGCCGUGCCAAGCCGUCCGGGCAUGCCGCGCGGUCCGGACCGCCGCCGGAUGUUCUGGGGGAGCCCUCCUGGCCAAAAUUAAACCUUUUGUUGCGCUGUUUAGCUUCGCGUGCCCGACGCUCUGCUCCUCCAGCGUUGUCGGCUGAGGGCGGGCGUCAGCAGCAGCAGAGGCGAACCGCAUCAGCGGAGAGCGAGCGUUGUUCCCCGCCCGGCAGCACCCCAAGCCACGCUAGGCGUUGUUGUCGGCGGUGCUUGAACCGUGACGAUCCGCUUGAAGGGAGGGAAAGGGGACGACGCCACGGCCGCGGGCUAUGCGUCACGACGCCGCUGCCAGUGCUCCGGAAUCAGUAAAUGGUCUCUUCUGACGCAGCAGGUGGAAGGUAGAACAAUUCGUGCAACCGAACCGCUCACCGCGUCCGCCGCUUUCCCAGCGUAGCGCGCCGCCGGAGGCAUCCUGCCCGGCAGAAGUCAGCCGGACUGCCCCCGACUACUCCGAUCCCUUCGACGAACGACUCGGGGGGUCAUCAUAACCUGGAGGAGCGCAACAGCUGAGCAAGGGGCAGGAACUUGGCGGGUUACGUGCGUCGCGCUUCGCGUCUCCCCUCGCCCCUUAGUUCUCCCUUUCCAAACUCACUCUCUCUACCGCGCGGCUUGCGUGGUCAGGUGCGGAAAACCCCCUUUCGUCCCUUUAAAGUGGAGUCGACAAAUGAGCGCGCAUUCAGUGCGUGUUUUGCUUCCGCGGGCCAGAGGUGCCAGUGUUGUGGUCGCGCGCUGAUCGACGGGGCGAAAGUGCUGCGGUCGAACCGAGAGAGAAAGAAAGCCUGACAGUAGUCGCCGGUCUCGUGGUCGUCCAGGGUGGUGUGACCUUGCGUGUGUGCUGUGCGUGUCGCUGGUGCCCCGCGGGCAGUCGGCGACGCCGCUCCGAUGAGGAUUGACAGCGAGGGCAGCGGGAUCGAGCACUUCCCACAGGCCUACUCGUACCUGGACACGCCGUACCCGGAGACCGACUUCCCACCGGACAUACGCGAUGCGUGCCUCAAGCGGAGCUCCGUCGGGGCCGAGGUCCGUGCAGCCAAGGUGGUGGUGGUCGGCGACGUCUCCGUGGGCAAGACGUGCCUCAUCACAAAGUUCUGCCACGAGGUCUACGAUGCCAACUACAAGGCGACCAUCGGCGUGGACUUCGAGGUGGAGAAGUUCAGCAUCCUCCAAGUGCCAUUCAGCCUGCAGAUCUGGGACACGGCGGGCCAGGAGCGUUUCAGGAGCAUCACUUCAGCGUACUACCGAGGAGCUCAGGUGGUGAUCUUGGUGUUCGACCUGUCCCUGGCGGCCAGCCUGUACAACACGCCCCAGUGGCUGGAGGAGACCCUGGAGAGCACCGGGACGGGACACGAGCCCCUGCGAUUCCUCGUGGGCACCAAGAAGGACCUCCUGAACGAUGGCUGUCUGGACGGCAUGGAAACGGACGCCACCAAGAUCGCGCGUAGGCUUGACGCCGAGUACUGGUCGGUCUCCGCAAAGACAGGCGAGAACGUGCAACAGUUGUUCUUCCGGGUGGCCGCCCUGGCUUUCGUCCAGUGCCUGACCAGGGAACUCCAAGAGAGGCAGCAGUCGCCAGAGAAGGCCGUCAGCAACAACUUCGUCCGGUUGCGGAAGCGGAAAAACGGCAAGAAGAUCAAGGCGCCCAAGUGCUCCGGCGGCCAGAAGUGCGCCACGAAGUGAACGCUCCCACGCGGGCCCACCGAUUGCUCUUGCCGCGCAGGAGACGCAGUCGAGAAACCAAGUGUGUGUGUCCAGCGAAGGUGCAGCCACUGUGCACUGUGAUCUCGUCAAAAAAAAAAAAAAAAGGCGAGAGCGUCACGGAACAGUGGUCGCGUGGCACGGUGGCAUACGGAACGGCCAGCGAGCCAUCAUCGCCUCAUGAGACUUUCCGGUCUGGAAGCGGGCCUUCCUGUGUAUGACUGGAAGUGUUAUGGACACUGGUGUCGUCUUUGCCCGAGCUGCUAUGUUGCUGACCCUGUUUAUCACACACACACAAACACACGUAAAAAAGCACUGAACGAUGGCCGUCCGGAAGAACGGGAACGGCUUUGCCAAGGUAUUCUUUUUUUUCGUUUUGCGGAGGAUGACCCUAAAGCGAUCGAUGGGGAUUACUAGCGACUCACCUAGUAGACUCUAUUGUUGAGAGGUUCCCCGGCUCGGCGCGGAGAAGUAGUUGCUUUCCUGGACGCGGUGGAUGCAUUCCGAGGCUGGGGGUACUGGUGUACCGCAAUUCUCAGCGCAAGCUAAAUACCAGGGCCUGUACAGUGUAGGAAAUCUCCUUGACGGAUUAUGUUCCUUUAUCCACCAUGCAACGCCGGCCGAUCGCGGCGAUAACGUGGGUCGAACGCUGCUUGCGCCAUUGUCGAAAAGGAAAAGCACUGUAAUAGAAUCGCAAUAUUAUUCCAGCUCAGGUGAUUGAAAUGAAUGUGUAACCUUCCGCUACAGCGUUUCUAAUAGAGGUGAUACCAAUAGCAUCGCACCGGAAAGCUCGAUCGGUAAUGGUUAACGAAUACAUCAUAAAGCGUGCAAACUGUGAUGUCCCGCUACUCAACGUGUAACGGUUGUGCUGCCAUGAGCACUCCACACUGGUUAUGUGCGGUGGUGCUACAUGCCCUGGAUGUGCCACUCUACUGGCAUGCAAGAACUCUCUGACAUUAAGGCUACAAGGUCGUACGGCGCCAGGAAGCAUGUGCAGUCUGUGUGCGAUGCCAUAAUUGAAAGCUAGGGCCAUGACGCGUAUGUGUUGCAGGCCUUCAGUCGUGUUGUCACAGCUCGAAGCGUGCAAUGUCCUUCUGCUAUAUGUAGUGGGUACUGAUUCGAAGCGGUCGCCCUGAGAAUGGCGGAAAGAAAGCCAGUUGUCGAGUUUAGCUUGAGUGAAGCAAGCAGCUAUUUGCAAAAUGUGAAGCAAGGACCACGGCUAUCAUUGGCAUUGUCAGCGCGGAAUCAUAAUCGGCGCGACCCGUUGUCGUAGGUCUCACAUCCGCCUUGAGCGGGGCACUGAGCUCUGGUAACAUUUCCGAUUCGUUAUUUUCGAAGGACGGUUUGGUCCUCUAGUAAAGCAGCAGUCAAGCAAUUCGCGCGUGAGACCUAUUGUAAAGUUGAGGCACUUUUCGAGGAAGAAGAAAGAAACGCGUGCGUAAGUUCUUGACGGGAGUAAGCUGCGCUUUAGAGAAAGGUAAGCUAGUUUGCAAAUGCCAUACUGUACUGUGUGGGUGCUCGGCAGCGUCUCGCAAAUCGCGAUAAAGCCUCUUCACGGAAAGUAUGGAAGCCUGCAAUUUUCACCAAGUUAAGCUCGCUGUCGCUGCAAUCUUGCACUAGCUUUGUUCCCGUCGACUCGACGCGUGCGGAUCGAGUCACAACUCGAGUUGAUCGAACCCGACCCUACCGCGUGUACAUACAUUUUCCAAGCGCAAUGUGCGAGUAAACCUACUCGUAGCAGGAAGGUAGGCCAAACUUGCCCCGCCGCUAUAGUUCGACCCGACCCGCCAAUGUUCACGUGAACCCGACCACCGGUUUACGGCGAGACAAGCCGACUCGACACUACUUUAUCGGGUUCACGUGAACGUAGCCACAGUGCCACACGGCACCUUUACAAGAGCAGCUGAUUCAAGCCCGGUGAGCUUCUCAGCGUUGUUUAGUGUGCCUUGAGAGUACAAGAGCUUCACUGCAUGGCAGACAGAGGCUGGAAAUGUGUGCAGAAAAGGGUCUGUGUCAAUGUUCAAGUGCUCGUUCUAUCUAUGUUUGCGUGCGAAUGCUUUAAUAAAUUUAAACGUAAGCGAUUUUUCCGGACACUGACACCGCACACGCGUUCCUGUCUAGUCACGAGUUUCGACAGGAGUUAUGCGAAGCUCCCUUGCCAUGGCUUCCCGUGCAUUGCACCAAAGAACCUCAGUUUAGAGAUGUCAUAAUAGCGCAUUUUGUUGUCUUUCGUGUCGUUUUUUUUGUUGUUUUCAUGACAUUCUGUGCUUUGAGUGAAAGAAGCUGAAUUGUUGAGAAUGUUGUGUUCGUAAAAAAAAGCAUACUGUGUAGAUUUCCAUUUAAGUUUUUGUAUUGAAAUGUGUCAUGUGUGCGUGGCGCGCUUUCUCAUGACGCAAUUAAAGCAGCAAAUGACCCA